AUGAGUUCAAGCGAUGAAGAUGAAUUUGAUCUUGAUGAUGAUAACGAUAAAACCAACCAGCAAUCUAAAAAGAAGAAAAAUGGCCAAGCAAAUGUACAAAAGUUUGCGUCACCUACUAGUCUCUUUCGUAUCGUUACUCGUUUAAAUGGACGGCAUUCACUUUCCAAGAUGAGAAAUGACGAAGAAAUACGAUCCCAAGUCAUGACUAUAUCAUUAGACAAUUCAGAGACUGUUGAUAUGACAAAAAUGGUAAAUAAUUCGGAUGAUGAAAAUUACGAUGACAAUAACGACGUACAAGUUCCAGAUUUUGUUAUUACAACAGACGAACAUAAAAAUAUCGAUGCUGAUUUGAAUGAUAUUCGUCAGAGAACAUUAGAAUUCAAUAAAAACCAAAUCAAAGGAAUUCAAUUUGCAAAUGCAGGUGAUAGAAAUUUGAAGAUUGCGAACAAUCACGCAAUAACUUCGAGUACAUGUAAUAUUACUUGA